ACGUGACGUCAUCGAUAGUUGAUCAAUUUUUGUUAUCGAUUAUUUGCCCAGCGAGUGUCGCAAUAAGCCAGAUGGGACUUUUAUUUUGAAAGGUUCCUGUUUUCUUGGACAGUUACGGUACCGGUCUGGUGUGGUCCGACAGCACGCGCUGCUGAUCACCACCAGCUGAUCGAACAGCGGCGGGAAUCGAACAGUGAUCAUUGGCGACAGAUGGAGGAACGAGUCUUCGAACCCAAACUGGUUCUGGUCUUCAGCGGGAAACGGAAGUCCGGAAAAGAUUAUGUGACGGACCUGAUAAAGGGACGUUUAGAGUCGGACAUUUGCUGCGUCCUGCGUCUGUCCGGACCUCUCAAACAACAGUAUGCUCAGGAGCACGGACUGGACCUGGACCAGCUGCUGGGCCCUGGUCUUUAUAAGGAGCAGUUUCGGGCCGAUAUGAUUUGCUGGGGAGAAACUCGACGACGGCAUGACCCUGGAUUCUUCUGUCGCCUAGCAACCAGAGGAGCAUGUCAACCAGUCUGGGUGGUGAGUGAUGCGCGGCGCCUGUCAGACCUUCAGUGGUUCCUGUCAAAGUUUCCUCAACAAACUCGAAGUGUCAGAGUUCAAAGUUCAGAGGAAACCAGGAAAAAGAGGGGGUGGAGCUUCACUGCAGAUGUUGAUGAUGCAGAGUCAGAGUGUGGGUUGGACAGUGGCGUUGAAUUUGAUUGGAUAAUCAGCAAUGAGGCCGAGCCCUCAUUAGAUGAGCAGCUGCAGCCAAUCCUGAGGCUGGCUGAGGAAGCCGCUUCGUCACCAAUCACUACUAAUCAAUAACAUUGAUCAGAUCCGAGCAGCUGCUUCUGACGAGCGGUCUCAGUUUACUCGAGGUUUCCAGAGACGAGCGCGGUCACGUGACGGAGUCGCGGUCACGUGACGUUUGAUGGAAGAACUGUCAGUUCACCGACAGUCAGCUGGUUCACACAGUGUCAUCAGUGUGUGAAUGUGAGGAAUCGAACCAACAAAAUGUGAUAAAUAAAAUGUUUUCAAAGAAAA